AUGACGGAGACGCGCGACGACGAGGACGUCGUCGACGAAGACGCGCGCGUGGCGUGGUUACGCGCGCGCGGGGUGGAGAUCGAGACGCCGGAGGAUCGCGCGCGCGCGCGAGGCGAGCGCGAGAAAUCGCUCUCGAACGGCGCCGGCGUCGAGCGCGAACAGGCGACGCGGACGGUGACGUACGUACGAAUACCGUGCGAUGACGCCGAGGCGUUCGUGGAGGAGACGUUGACGAUCGGGGAGACGCAGGCGGGGGACGCGCUUCCGGACGCGUUGCGACGACGCUUCGCGGGCGGCGGAGAGGUCGACGCGGAUAAAGCGCGGGCGGAGGCCGUGCGGUCGCUCGGUGAGCGCGGUGCGGGGAUCUCCAAGGAGGCUAUCGUGCGAGAGACCGAGGGAGGGUCCACGGAGACGUUCGCGUUGGUGAGACCGAGUGAGACGAACGGAUGGUGCGGAGUCUACCUGUACCUCGACGAGGUCGGCAUGUUGAAAGGUUUACCCCCGAACAGGCGCGCGGAGGGGCUGUCGCGAGAGUGCGGUUUCGAUGGGGUGAACUUUUAUGGCGACAUGUUCAUCGGUCGAGUGCAAACGAAACCGGAGCCGAUGCGAAGCGUUGACUUUCAGUUGAAGGAUUUGGACUCAAGCGCCACGUGGAUGCGGGCGGCGACGAUGGAGAACGUCGAAUACAGCAAAGGACUCAAGGAGCUCGAGGACGCGAUGAACAAGAACGGCGGCAUGGAAAAAAUCAAUAUGUCGGGUGAUGACGCGGUCGCGAGCGGCGGGAACGGCAUGCCGCGCGGCGCCGGCGACAACUACCGCUGGUCCCAAACCGAGGACGAGGUCGACGUGGACGUCGACGUCCCCCCAGGCACGAUCGCCAAAGCCGUCCGCGUCCAGUUUUCCUCCUCACGAUUCAUCGUCAAGGUAAACGAUGAGAUCAUUUGCGACGUCGACGAUCUCCACAACGCCUGCCGACCCGACGAAUCCACCUGGACCAUGGGCGCCGACGAGGUGUGCGUGUCGCUCGCCAAGCGCGACGAGGGUCGCGUCUGGCGCGCCCUCGCCGGGAGAUGA